AUGGCUUGGUUUAGAAUCAGCUCUGGUGUGGCAAAUCUUGUCAUUAGAAGAUCUCUAUGUCGGAGUGGAUUACAUGUGAGAUGGACAAAAGUUCUUUCCUCUCAGAAUCGAUUUUUCCGCAUGACGGUAGCUCGAUCAAAGGCACAAGCCAAUCAUUUUGUGGAUGGGACUAGUGGUGUAUACUUAGAAGAUCUUCAAAGGACCUGGGAAGCUGACCCAAAUAGUGUAGAUGAGUCUUGGGACAAUUUCUUUAGGAAUUUUGUUGGUAAGGUAGAAUCACCAUCUGGACUUUCAGGCCAAACGAUACAGGAGAGUAUGAGCCUUUUGUUGCUUGUAAGGGCUUACCAAGUUAAUGGUCAUAUGAAAGCAAAAUUAGACCCACUUGGUUUGGAAAAGAGGGAAGUUCCUGAUGAUUUGGACCCUGCGUUUCAUGGGUUCACUGAAGCUGAUCUUGAUAGGGAAUUUUUCUUAGGAGUUUUGCGUAUGUCUGGAUUUAUGUCUGAUAAUCGUCCAAUGCAGACCCUUCGGUCCAUAUUGACACGACUUCAGCAGGCCUAUUGUGGAAGCAUUGGGUAUGAGUAUAUGCACAUUGAAGAUAGGGAGAAAUGCAACUGGUUAAGAGACAAGAUUGAAACCCCUACAGUGAUGGAAUACAAUCGAGAGCGUCGUGAGGUAUUUCUUGACAGGCUGAUAUGGAGUACACAAUUUGAGAACACAUUAGCAGACAAAAUGAAAGCAGCAAAGAGGUUUGGCCUUGAAGGUGGGGAGACUCUAAUUCCAGGCAUGAAGGAGAUGUUUGAUAGGGCUGCAGAUCUUGGUGUAGAGAAUAUAGUUGUAGGAAUGCCUCACAGAGGAAGACUGAAUGUUUUGGGAAAUGUUUUUCGGAAACCUCUUCGUCAGAUAUUCAGUGAAUUUGACAAGAAUGCAAGGUCUGCUGAUGAUGACGUUGGCCUUUACACGGGUACUGGUGAUGUCAAGUAUCAUUUGGGAACUUCCUAUGAUCGGCCAACAAGAGGUGGGAAUAGAAUUCAUUUGUCUCUAGUUGCAAAUCCUAGUCACUUAGAAGCUGUGGAUUCUGUUGUCAUUGGUAAAACUAGAGCUAAGCAAUAUUAUACAAACGAUGUCAACAGGACUAAGAAUAUGGGUGUUUUGAUUCAUGGAGAUGGCAGCUUUGCCGGACAAGGUGUGGUCUAUGAAACCUUGCAUCUAAGUGCACUUCCAAACUACACCACAGGUGGGACUAUCCACAUUGUGGUAAACAACCAAGUAGCCUUCACAACUGAUCCUAGUGCUGGGAGGUCUUCUUGGUACUGUACUGAUGUUGCGAAAGCCUUAAACGUCCCUAUUUUUCAUGUGAAUGGUGAUGAUAUGGAGGCAGUUAUUUAUGUCUGUCAACUUGCAGCAGAGUGGCGCCAAACAUUCCAUUCAGAUGUCGUGGUUGAUAUAGUAUGUUAUCGUCGAUUCGGGCACAACGAAAUUGAUGAACCGUCUUUCACACAGCCCAAAAUGUAUAAGGUCAUUCACAAUCAUCCCUCCGCGCUUGAGAUAUACAAGAAUAAACUAUUAGAAUCUAGGCAGGUCACUCAAGAAAAAAUUGGUAAGAUACAUGAGAAGGUCAAUUCAAUCCUCAAUGAAGAGUUUUUGGCCAGUAAGGAUUAUGUUCCGCAGAGAAGGGACUGGCUUGCAUCUCACUGGGCUGGAUUCAAGUCUCCUGGACAGCUCUCACAUAUCCGAAACGCUGGGGUUAAUCCAGAAGUACUAAAGAACGUUGGCAAAGCAAUUACAAUGGUUCCAGAUGGUUUCAAGCCUCACAAACAAGUGAAGAAGAUAUAUGAUGAACGCGCACGGAUGAUUGAAAAUGGAGAAGGCAUUGACUGGGGAAUGGGAGAGGCACUUGCCUUUGCGACAUUAUUAGUGGAGGGUAACCAUGUUAGACUCAGUGGCCAGGAUGUUGAAAGAGGUACAUUUAGUCAUCGGCAUGCUAUACUUCAUGAUCAGGAAACUGGGAAAAGAUACUGCCCUUUGGACCAUGUUAUGCCAGACCAGGAUGAGGAAAUGUUUACAGUAAGCAAUAGCUCUCUGUCUGAGUUUGGAGUCCUUGGGUUUGAACUGGGUUAUUCCAUGGAAAAUCCAAAUGCAUUGGUUAUGUGGGAAGCUCAAUUUGGUGACUUUUCCAAUGGGACUCAAGUAAUAUUUGAUCAGUUUUUGAGUGGCGGAGAGGCGAAAUGGCUGCGCCAAGCUGGGCUUGUUGUUCUGCUUCCUCACGGUUAUGAUGGACAGGGCCCUGAACAUUCAAGUGCACGACUGGAGCGUUUCCUUCAGAUGAGUGAUAACAACCCUUACGACAUACCUGAGAUGGAUCCGACACUACGUACACAAAUUCAGGAAAGUAAUUGGCAGGGUGUGAAUGUUACAACUCCAGCCAAUUACUUUCACGUUUUGCGACGUUAGAUCCACAGGGAUUUCCGGAAGCCUCUAAUAGUAAUGUCUCCAAAGAAUUUGCUUCGCUACAAGUUCUGCAAAUCAAAUUUAUCUGAAUUUGACGACGUCAAAGGUAAUCAAGGAACAAUAUUUAGGCGCCUCAUAAAGGAUCAAAAUGACCACUCUGAUAUUGAAGAGGGUGCGAGGCGCCUGGUUCUUUGCUCAGGAAAGAUUUUCUAUGAACUUGAUGAAGAGCGACGGAGGGUCAAUGCAAAGGAUGUAGCAAUUUGCAUGGUUGAGCAACUUUGUCCCUUCCCAUAUGACCUCAUACAGCCUGAGCUUAAACGUUAUCCAAAUGCGGAGAUUGUAUGCUGCCAGGAAGAACCAAUGAACAUGGGAGCAUAUAGUUACAUCGCACCACGCCUUUGCACUGCAAUGAAAACUCUUGGCAGAGGGUCUAUAGAAGAUGUCAAGUACGUUGGCCGUGCUCCAUCUGCUGCCACCGCCACCGGAUAUUGGCAAGUUCACCAAAAAGAGCAGGCUGAUCUUGUGCAACAAGCAAUGCAGCCAGAAUCUGUUGAAUCACCCUACUGA